UAAAAAUAAUAAAUAAAAUAGGUAUUGUAAUAGAUAUAAAUAGCGACUUAAAUUCAACGUCAUAGUUGGCGGUGAUAUGGUGUUUAUCGUCAACGAACCUCAAUACACUUGUCAGAUGGACCGGUCAUUUCGAGUUGAAAAUUGAUACGCGGAAAGUUCAAUUGACAACUUUUGAAUUACUCGAUACAACGAUGUAGGUUUCUUCGCGUAACUGCAGCCACGGACAACCGGAUUUCACAGUUUACCCUUUGCGUGUCAAGAGACGCUGCUAUCAUUUUUACAACAAAAAUGAACGUUGAAAAACUGCAAAGAAGUUUAUCAGAAAUUCGUUACAUUCACGAACGAAGAUCUCAUGGACGAGUUAAUUUAUACAACGUCUUUGAGACGAUUAUCAUGAGCCAACCUUUAGAUAUGAACAGGAGAAAGAUGGAAUCCAUCCUCAACAAUGAUCUAAGCAUCAGCACAGUCCACUUAGAUAGACGGCUGGUUAGUGUAUUAUGCGAGGCCUUAGCGUACUAUAUGGGUGUCUGGCCCGGCUGGAUGCGACUGACCACCGAUUUACCGUCCUCCAGUUCACCCGACUUUAAACGAUUUCGCCAGUAUCUCACCCUUAAGUGUAACUUUAUUUUGAAGAAUGCCGCGGAUUACGAAGACGGAAAAACUGUGCACGACAAAGGUACGCAAACGGAUAACCUCACCGGCAAGAAAGAGAUGGCCCCUUAUGAUUUGGUAAUCGGAGGACCGCCGUCUGUUAUAAACAAUUUGGUGUUUACAAAACACGCGGGUGACAUUGUGAUAAAGCAACAUCCCGAGAAGCCCUGGCAGGGAUUGCAGUUGCCCCAGUUUCUAAACUGGCCGUACGUUUCGGUUACAGUAAAAAUGCCCGACAUUUCUCUCACGCGAGCUAAUAAUCACAAAGUUAAUCGUUACGUCGCGCUGCACGGUGACAAGGUUGUGUUUCCCGAGAUUCAUUACAUCGAUUACAUCAUGAAAACAAAGCCCGGAACGGAGUUUGAGCCGUAUUCGUACACAUUCUUCUUCUACUAUUUUCUUCAACUGAACAUCGUUCUACAGAAGAUACCGAAGGUAAAUGAAGAACGUCGAAACGAAUUGGCCGUCAUUUUUGCCGAGUAUCUGAACGAUAUUAAGGAGAUGAGUGUUUAUAAUUCGACAAUGUCGACCCAUUCGAGUAUCGGCUUCAAUAUUGGUAGAUGCCAUUACAUCCGAAGUAAGAAGAUGGUCUCCAAGACAGAGUUGGUUGAUACAAGUGCAGUAAAUUUCUACGAAGUCAUCGUUCCGCAGGUCGACGUUUCGCUCCAUUACUUCACCGCGGUGCAAGACCAGAGCAAUAUGGAGAGCGAGGAUGUAACGUUUCAAAGUUUAAACACGUUGUUAAGUAAAUUAGACGAUUCUACAAGUUCAGAUCUGGAUAAGUUAGCGAUUAUGAUAAACAACUCGAGUGUCAUGUACGAUUGUGCUCUGUGUAAUAGAAACUUCACAGGACCUUCCGCUUAUGAGUCCGCUAUAAAUCAUUUUAGCGACUUACAUAAAUCGGAACAGAUGGUUUUGUGUUAUAAAUGUGGUGUACAAUAUGACGUAGAAGUAUUAACUGAGAAACGGUGGGCACAUAAUUGUGUUCCUAAAGAGUAAUGUUUUUCUUUGUAUUUAUAUACCAGUAUGUAAUGUUUUAUCAUGCAUUUGACCAAUUUUAUUUCUUGUUAAUAGCAAGAGAGUAAAUACAGCACUAUUUUAUAUACUA